GGCGCUGAAGCUCCGAAUUCCAGCGAAGUGAAGCGGACACAGCGGAGAGAAGAUCACCCACAGAGAGACCGAGAAGGCGGUGUGUGAAGUUACAGAAGCCGCCGUGUGUACAACAUUCGACUCUGUUGGACUAUAUUUGGACCCGAAAGCGAAGCAGCGGUAGCUGAAGAUUAGCACUGCUCUGUCUUUUUCUUUAAUUUAUUCCUUUUUUUUAAGUUAACGCAGCGACCUUUAUUGUAUUUUACCCCCGUGUGUUUGAGAACCCUUUUCUCUGAUUCUGAGGACAAACAUGAUGCACCUCUUCCUCCUCGUCAUCCUCUCUGCUGCCUCCGUUUUCUCAGAGUCGGUUCGGGAGACGGAGACAUGGAUGCCCAUGAAGACCACGCAGACCGUCGCCAUGGUGACACACCAAAACCGCAUGGAGUCGUCGGGCGACUUCGGCUUCGCGGACGACAACGAAGAUGACGACGAUGACGACAGCUACGACGACAAUGACAACGACGACUAUGACAAAGGCUAUGACGAUUACUACGACGAAGAGGACGAGGACGAGUUUUCCGGCUCUGGAGACGGAGAAACAACCGUGUCACCGAAGCAAGCCCCAGAACCGUCAGCCAAGCCCGACGCCAACGACAACAAGAUCCCAGAGGUGGAGCGUCCCGAGAGACCGGCCGUCAACGAGGUGGAAAUCGUCCAGAACAGCAACGAAAUCCCACUGCUGCGGAACAAGGAGCCAGCAGAGGGCGGCGAGGAGUUUCCCUCCAACGUCCUGAUGGCCCACGCCAGCGACGACAGCAUCUUCAACAAGACGGAGGUCCUCGCAGCUGUGAUCGCCGGCUGCGCCGUCGGCCUGAUGUUCGCCGUCCUCCUCAUCCUCCUCCUCAUCUACCGCAUGAAGAAGAAGGACGAGGGCAGCUACGACCUGGGGAAGAAGCCCAUCUACAAGAAGGCGCCCACCACAGAGAUCUACGCGUAGACCCCGCCCCCCCGCCCCCCCGCCCCCCCCACACACACACACACACCUCACAUCCUGAACCUUUCAAACCAAACAGGGCCAGUUCUGGACCUCUCAGUGCCUCCUCCUCCUCCUCGGAGAGACACUCAAUAACCAGGAGAGAAGCCCCGCCCACGCCAUCCUCUGACUGGCUCCUCCCACCUCAUGUUCACUCUCUGAACCAAUCAGACGUUUCAUUGGUCUGUUUUUCUCUGAGAUUUAAAAUCAGUUAGUUAAAAACACUAACACGGUGCAAUGAUUGAUUCUGUCUCAGUAUGGUACACGUUAACAGUCCAGUUAUUUAUUUACCCUCCUCUUCAUCAUCCCGUCUGUUGGACUGAAGCCAGGGAUUUUCCCUCCUUUCUUUUCUCUUAUUUUAUUUCAUCAGACAUUUCAGGUUUCUGGAACCACAGAAGGUCUUUGACGUCGCCGCGAAGCUGGCGUUGCUGUCCGUCGUUUUUUUUUGUUUGUUUUUUUAGUAGAACGCCCUGAAACCCCUGAGCAGAGACAGAAGAAACAACAACAACAACAACAACAAACAGCUGACGGAGCCGACGAGAUCUUCUGUUUUCAGGGUUGUGUUGAGCGGCAGAUUAAAGCGUUAAACUGAUGCAGGAAAAAAUAAUCUGCAAAUUACUGCACGACCCACACACACACUUCUAUAAAAAUCACCGCCGUGCCUCCAGGGUUUGUUUUCUGUUGUUAAGCUGAAGUCGAGCUCUGAGGUUUGCGACACACCUACAUUCCACUCGCAGCGCUGCUUCGUGUGUGUGUGUGCCUUUAGAAAAUGGCUGCUUUUUUUUGCGGCCGAAACAGUUUAUUGUGUUUAUAAGAAAGGAAUUAUUAAAACUCAUUUUCAUCGACACACAAACACUGUCAUGUCCAUGCCGGACCUGUAGGUGGCGGCGUCACUGUAAACUAGAGUUUUCCCAAAUCUCGUGGAGAUUUUGUGUGAAUCAAAACUUUUUUCUUCUUUAUUUUUUUUUAAACAAAACAACAACCGUAGUUUAGUCGUGAACAAAUCUGAGGCGACGUCACUUCCAUGUUCCAUUUUUUGAUUUAGCCGCAGCUAAAUAAAAAAAAACAUCUGUCUCCCUUUUAAAAAAAAAACAACCUCAAACUGUUGUCGCGUGGGAAGAACUUUCUUAAAACGAACUUCUUGCACGUGCUCGGUGCACCUGAGCGCGGCUAAAACACUAACCUGGAUGCAACACAACAAACCUCCUUUUUAGAAGUAAAGAAAACGGGGGGAAAUCAAGUUAGAAAACAGAAACAUUCAAGGUGCCACUUUCUUUUUGUCUCCGAUCAGCUGAUUUACACGACACUAAAAAGGGCUCGUUUGUUUUUUUUGCAGAAAUAACGACAAACGAAGGCAGACCUCAUCCAGUACUGUCUCUUUAAGACUCACUUUUCACUGUAACCCGUAACGAUGUUCAUGACUGUACACUGACAAUGAAGCUUACUGGCCUAGCUUAGCUUAGCAAAUAUAUAUAUAUGUAUUUUUUUUUUUAAGUGUCGUAAAUCGCGACUUUCAGAGCAGAAACUCGUAGGUACGACGUGGAAACUUGAAAUGACUUUUUUCUUGUUUCUUGUGCUAAGCUAAGCUAACGGUAGCCUUACCACAAUGGAUCCAGUUAUUGAUUGUUGAGCUCUGAUCGGGGAAAAACUGGUAGUUUAUUUAAAAUAUAUUUUAUUUUAUCUUUUAUGGUUUUGAUUCUUUCUCAAUAAGCUACUUUUUAUAAUUUUUUUGAAUCAUCGCUCAGUUGCCGAAGCUUCGUGACCCUCACAUUUCAGACGCUUCUGCCAAGGAUUUGUAUAAAUUCAUUGCUAUAAAAAAAUGAAAAACUUAAAAAAAAAAAAAAAAGUGGUACUUAGCCGCAGCCUGGCAACGAGAAUAUCUACCAAAUAUUUAAAAGCCAAAACGUUGUUUUUUCUCUGUGAUUUUACUGUAAAUGAGAUUGGAUACGACCGAUGCUAACACUAACUCACCUCUUUUUUUGGAUUUUUCUCCCAUAGAUCAACUUUUUUUUUUGUAUUAAUUUAACUGUCAAAUUAUUUUAUUGCCUUCUUUCAGGUCGGGGUGUUUCCCCCUUUUUUUUUUUCUUUUUUUUUUUUUUUUUUUAAAAAAGCUGUUUAUGUGAUUUUAAAAAUUUUAUAUUCACUAGUUUUAAGAUUUUAAUUUUUUUUUUCCAGAAACAAAUAGUUUUGAAACUUUUUAUUUUGUAAGAGUUUCUAUUGUCUUUUUAGACUUUUUUUUUUUUUCUGCUUUUAUAUUUAUGUUGUUUUUUCUCGUUGUUCGUAGAAGGAUUGCUUAUGUGGUCGUUGUUGUGUUGACGUUCAGGAGUUUGUGUGUCUUCAGAUUCAGACUGAGGUUCAGUGACCUGGUGAAAUAGGUGAAUUGUCGCGUUGGUUGUUGGGUUUUUUGGGGGCGGGGCCUCAGGUCUGAUCUGCGAUGGUGGCAGAGAAAACGUUGUGCUGCUUAUUGUCACAAACAUCACAUGUGAAUCACCAGUGGGGCGAAGAAGCCAAUGAAUCAUUGGCUUCUGUCUGCAGGUCCUGAUUUAUUGGAAAUAAAGCUAUUUUUAUGCACAUUAACAUUUUAAAA